AACUUUCACACAAUAUUUUUUUAAGAAAAUUCAAAGAUUGUUGUAAGUUGUCAACAUCUUGUGAUUAUCCUUUUCUUUCUUUCCUUUACAUCACAUGUAUUUAUAUAUGGAGUUGUUGAAAAAUCUGUAUGAAUAAAUCAUCUCUAUUUAAUACAAAUUGUGCCGUAAGAAUACAGUUUUCAGAAGUUAUUAAUGCUACAUCCCAGAGUGUUCUGUCUUGUUUCCAAUUCUACUGUUGAGGUGUUACUCACAUUAUUAGACUGGUUAGGGGUAAUUAAACUCUUAUGCUGAAAGAAGAAAGUAGUAGCAGUUUUCUUUAAAACAUGCAGAUAUAACUUUUACUCUUUAAAAUAUUUUUAGCAGAGAUUCUACAUGUGAAUGAGACCUACCUUCUCUGGAACUGAGGUGAAGAAUUUCAAUAUGGGUCAACAUAUCUCAAACCAGACACAAACUGUAAUUAACAAGUUGCCGGAAAAAGUAGCCAAGCAUGCCUCUUUGGUUCGAGAAAGUGGUUUCUUAACAUAUGAAGAAUUUCUGGGAAGAGUGGCUGAGCUUAAUGAUGUUACUGCAAAGUUGGCUUCUGGACAAGACAAACAUCUAUUAUUUGAAGUGCAGCCAGGUUCUGAUUCUUCUGCUCUCUGGAAAGUGAUAGUUCGGAUAGUCUGUACUAAAAUAAAUAAAACAAAUGGCAUCGUGGAAGCUUCCAGGAUCUUGAACUUGUAUCAGUUUAUUCAACUUUAUAAAGACAUCACCAGUCAAGCAGCAGGAGUUCUUGCCCGGAGCAGUGCCUCUGAAGAAACGGCUGAGUGUUUGACAUCUGUGUCGUCUUGUCAGGCCAGCUUAUGGAUGGGAAGGGUUAAACAGCUGACAGAUGAAGAGGAAUGUUGCAUCUGCAUGGACGGGCGUGCUGAUUUGAUCUUACCCUGUGCUCACAGCUUCUGCCAGAAAUGCAUUGACAAAUGGAGUGAUCGUCACAGGAGCUGUCCUAUCUGCCGUUUGCAAGUGACUGGGGCGAGUGAUUCUUGGGUGGUUUCAGAUGCCCCUACAGAAGAUGACAUCGCUACUUACAUACUUAACAUGGUAGAUGAGGCAGGCCAGCCUCACAGACCCUGACACUGGCCAACAAGCUGACAACAGUAGGAGCACUUGGAAGCUUUCAUUUUCAUAAAUAUCUCUUUUUAUUUCCCAUUGUCAUUCUUGCACUGCUCUGUCUUCUACUCAUCUUCUUGGCUGCUGUGAAUCUAUGCUGCUCUUUUAAAACACAGGAUAUAAAAGCCAGUGUACAUGUGUAGUGUUAAUUAUUAAUCUGUAGUUUCAGUAAACUAAUUAAUAACAUUAACAGAGGUUAUUUUAACGAUUAUUGCUAUUAUUAAGUAACAUUUUGACUACUAAAUUAAGCUAUUUAUAUUAGUACAGCUGCUGUUGGAACAUCACAAAAUGCACUGCUACAGGAAAUGCAGUAUCUAAAUAGGUGUAAACUGUGAGGUCAGAUGGCUGAACCUCAGAACUCUUAUCCUUAAAAGCAGUCUCUCAUUUUCCUGACAAACAUGAAUAAAGAUGCUGAGCUAGGACUAGUGAUUGUUAAUUUGAAAUUUUGCUGCCGAAACUUGAGGACUUGAUUACUACCCAUUGAUAAUUCUUCAGUAGUCCGUUAUUGCUUCUUGUAGUGUCUACAGGUCCUGAUUUCAAUUUGAUCCAUUUUAAAAUUUAGUAUUGAUUAUUUUAAAUCUAUUUUGGAGAGUAUAAACAGCUGUGUAAAUGUACGCAUGCUUUUCCUUAUCCUCCUAUCAAGAUAAUUUCUUUGAAUAUACUUUUUUCUUUUUUUUUUUUUUUUAAUUCAAUAUUUAGCACAGUCUCUUUAGCUUGGAACCAUUAAACAGUUUCAUACACAAUCCUAAAAAAUCAUUUUUCUACAGCUUUUUGAUUAAAGAAAAAAAAAAUUUAAACAUCUGAAAAGAAUUACUGUAUUCAGGUAGCAGUUAAGGUGUAGUUUAUUCUGAUGCUGUGGUUUUAUCUGCUUUUCCUCAGUUUUCAAAGGGAUGAAAUCAUGCAUUCUAGGGUUAUAAGAUCAUAAGCUAACUAAGGGUGCUGUGCUUUUUAUCUACAAGUGCAAUAUGCUUUUAUGUAGCAGAGAGUAACUUCUACUUUUUUAAUAAUUCCGUGGCUUGCAGAGAGAUGUGCAUAUGACUACUUGGGGAAAGGGAUAUCACAAUAGGAGUAAAUCCAUGCAUUUCUGUGUUUAGCAGAGUCAAAUCUUCCAAGAGUUGCCUUUGGAAAGUAUAAAAUAAAUUAUCAUCAUUAGUAUUCAGGAAACCCAUCUGAAGUCUGGUCUGCAUAACUAUUAUGGAAAUCAAACUGCCAUUAGAGAGAGUGAGUUAAUAAAUAUCAUCUGGGGGCGGUGGAGGAGAGGUUGCUAUUAACAAAUACUGCUGUUAAACUUGAAGCUGAUGAGUCAAAAAUACUGAAGUGUAGCAUUAGAAGAACUAUCAACAAGUCUUGAUUAUAAAACUGUGUAUUUUCCAUACUUAUUAAAACUCAGUGAUGCUAGGCAGAGGCCUUUUGUCAGGGACAAGUUCUGAUCAACAAGAUCAGAUGUAAAAGGCAUGAACAUACCUAUCUAUAGGUUGUUCUCCCUAUGUGUUUAGCUACACAAAAAUUCAACGAUGUCGAGGACCAAAUAUCUAUUAUAUUUCAUUGAGGAGCUUUUACAGCAUAUGACAUCUGUUUGAACUUGGAUCAUGUUGUCAAAUCAUCAUAGACAUUAGGACAGAUAAGCAACAUAAUUGUCUCAUGUAUAUCAAUCAUCUAAAAGCCAGUGUGGCUUAGUGUGUAUAUCUGUAUUUAACUAUUUAAAAAUCCAUUUAUGAAUGUACGUAGCUUAGAAUUACUUUUCCCCUUUGUUAAUCCUUUGAUAUCAAUGAGAUUCUUUAUUCUUUAGAAAAUGUUAUGGACUGUUUGUUUGCUUAAGGGCCCAUUAUAUGUGCUGAAAAUUGUUAAUGGUUGGUGAUUUUUCACUAAAGUUUCUAAUCACAUACCAGUUUGAUUUUUUUUUCUUUUUUUCAUUUUGAGCCUGCAUUAGUCCAUAUUUGAAGCUUUAAAAUAAGCUUGGAAUUUUUAAACUGGUUUUUAUAUCACUGGAACAGAAAAAAAGCAUCUAAAUUAAAUCUUCAAGCUAACUUUAUUUUUCCAGUAUUUUAAGUACUACACUUCAGAACUGUGACUUUUAUAAGUUGAAUUUCUGCUGAAAACUUACGUGAACUUACCUAAAAUGUAAUUUUGUAAUGAAGAUUAAGUAUAGUAUAGUAGCAUUUGUAAUUAUAAACUAAUGCAAAAUUAUUUAAAUAAUGAAAAAGUAAAAUUAUUCUGUACAGCUUUUUUUUUUUAAAUUAAGUUGCUGUAAUACACACUCCUGUGAUGUAGGUGUGAUGUGUGCCUUGUAAAAUAUAUGUACUGUAUGUUAUAAGGGAUAUAAAUUCACUAACACUGCAAAACUAGUAAUUUGGGACUGAUAGCAUUUCU